AGCCACCGCCAGAGCACACUGGACCAAGAAUCAAGCAAAGAAAGCGCCACCGCCCAGGCAGUAGAAUGUCAAACGAACUAAGCGAAAUGAUCGCCCUCGGGUGUCCGGAUCUCACGUCUCAGAAAGAGCUGAUCCUCGAUACGGAGCGUCGUCUCAGCAUCAAGCAGAUGACGGCCACAGAUCUGGCCAAUCUUCGGGCCACAGCCGCUGCCGAGGCUGCGGCCCAGGCCCGUGCCCAGGCGGAAACAGAGGCACGGGCCAUUGCCGAGGAACAGCUGCGGUUGGCACAUGCGGCCGAAAUCAAGGCCAGGGCACGGGCCGCCCUUGAGGUGCAGGCCCAGCUGCAGCGGGUCAUGGAGAGCGAGAAGCGCAGACAGCUAGAAAAAGAGGAGAGAGACCAGCAGGAGGAGGAGGAGGAGGAGGAUGAAGAAGAGGAUGAGCCCGAUCCGGCCAAGGGGUCGCUGGCCCCGAAUCCCGCACCACGUGAUCGUCUCACUUCACUGCCCAACGUCCUGGACGAUGCUGGGGCUCAGGCCACCUCCAAGGAGUCCUCCCCCGAGAAGAGCACCUCUCACCUGGCCGACUCCAUUGAGCUGUUACGCAUGCAGCGUGCGGCACGCGACGCCCGCUCCACUCGCAACAGAGAGCGCUCCAUAUCGCCAGAAGAGCGAAAUCGCGAGCGCAGCGCUGCCCCCGACCGCCUGCAGAGCUCGGCGAGCAUAAGCAGCAUCGACUCAACAAGUGUCAGUGCCUCGGUGUCCAAGGCGACCAGCCGUCGGGGCAGCACCUCCAGUGCGGCCAACGAGCCCGCGGCUGAACCACCUCAGAGGAUCGUGGCACCCAAUUUAUCAACAAAGUUUCCGCUCACGAAGACUGUGUCGGCACCCAAUAUGAUGACUAGCCGUCGCAGCAGCCUGACGGCACUCUUUCCGGGCCCCUCGCCCCUGGUGGCACCCGAGCCCUCGCUCCACACCAAUCCACAGCCAGUGGCCCAGCCACAGCCAGAAGAGGAGGUGCACGAGGUACCCAGGUUGAUGAUUCGCAGAAAGACACCGCCGCCCGUGGGGGCCAAUCUGGGAGUGAAUCUGAAACGGGUCACCGCACCCAGUGGCUCCGUUACAAUCAAGCCCAAGGAGUCACCCAUGCUGGGCGUAGUCCUGCGCAAAGUGGAAAAGAAAAUUGUGCCGCAGAAGAGCAUCCUUGAUGAUGACAAGCCACUGUAUCACUUCUCAAUCGUGCGCAGCGAUCACAAGGAGCAUGUACCGGCCCAGAAGCCGAUGCCCAAGCCCGCACCGGCCGCAAAGCCCAGCCCCGGUGGCAUCCUUACGGGGCCACAGGUGGUACGGACCGUGAGGCAACCAGUGCCCGCCAAGCCGCAGCGUCCGCAGAUGGGUGUGCCCAUAACCAUCACGAAGAUCCAGGGCGACAAGAUCAUUAUAAUCAAAAAGAUCAUUGUGCCGAAGAACAGUAAGAUACCGGAGCAGUAUCUGCAGACAUCCUCCGCAGUUGCAGUGCCACCACAAAGCCACCCCGCGAAGCCCAGCCCAAGCCCAAUCCCAAUUCCAAUUCCAGUCCCAACGACUAGUGCGACUACACUGAGAGCCAGGGAGGAGAGUUCCAGGGAAUCCCUGCCAUCAGCCAGCAUGCAGCAGGCGGCAGCUCCUGCGAAACCCGCACCGACUCCACCGGCGAGCGGACAGCAGUUCUUCCAGCAGGUGGUCUCCCCGCAGUUUGCAUCGGUGCUGUCGUCCAGCAUACCGGAGACCAAGUGCGCUGUGCGGUCGCCCAUCUCCUCGCCGCUGGCGCUGCGCAAGAAUCGGCCUCUGCUGCCGGCGAGUCCCAAGUCGACGCCGCCGCUGCCACGGAAGCAUCAUCCGCUGGCCUACAAUGCGGCCACUGGGACCAUCAGCUCCUCCGGCACGGCGCUGCCGGCGCGCCUGAUGGCCACCAUUGCCUCGAGUCCCGCCUCGAGCAUCUCGCUGUCGUCCUCCUCAUCGCCAUCCUCCUCGCCGCCGCCGCCACCAGUGCCAUGUCGAGCGCCCAAAAAGCAGCCGCUUCCAGCUGCUGCUUCUGCAGCCGCUACGGAGAUCAGUCUGGACAAGCUCCUCCAGCAGCAGCAGGAGCUGCAGGAAAAGUCGGCGGCGGCCACGAACAGCGCCAAGCUGGAUGCCAAUUUCUACGAUGCGGAGAUCGAGAUGAUGAACAAGUAUCUGAAGAGUCUGCCGGACUACAGCGAGCUGGACAGGAAGCUGCACCAGGAGUUCCAGGAGUGCGAGGAUCUGUACGAUCGCCUGAAGCGACAGCAGCAGCCGCUGGCCAAGUCCAACUCGCAGCAAUCGGUGAAGACCACUCCGGUGGGACCAGCACCAGCGCCAGCACCAGCUGGAUCCUCCUUUGGAUCGUCCAGCUCCAUGGGUCCACUGUCCAAGUCGUCGUCCAUCAAUUUUGCCCAGAAUCCCAGGGUACAGCAGCAGCAGCAGCCACCCCUCCGUCUGGCGUAUCCCUCGAUCUUUGCGCAGAACGGAGGGGAGCCCAAGCUGCAGCGCAGCAUCUCCAGCUCCAACAUGCCGCUGGGGAGCACGCCCAAUCCCCAAAAUGUCAAUCCCUUCCGUCCGCUGCCCGGAAAGAAUUGCCUGCAGAGCGGCUCGAAUCUGUCGCUGAACAAGCAGCUGAUGAACGACUUCUGGAGCGAAAACCUCACCGGCGGCGCCGGCUCCUCUCAGAAGCGACAGACGCCGAAGCGGACUUUUUGGAACUACGAGAAGAUCUGCGGGGCACAGCUGGGGGAUGCGGGACAGCCCUUCAAGGUGGACGCCAAGACGGCCAAGAAGUUGGCCAUCUUUGAUCCCACUGUGGCGGAGGCGGCCCAAAAGGAGUUGCAGCGGCCACAGCAGGCUUCGAAUCCCCACAAGCUGCAGAAGAACGCCUCGUUGUCGCAUCUGGAUCUGAAGGUGCGCCAGGCCGUCACCAAGGAUGAUCUCUAUAAGCUCAUAUGCAAUGAGCAGCCACGCUCCCCCGCCACGAAUGGGACGCCACUUGUCAGUCGAGUACCCGUCAAGCAGCAGCAGCAGCAGAUGCCACAGCAGCAAAUGCAACAGCCGCAGACGCAGCAGGCUCUGCCCAAGAGUGUGUCCAUGAGCCAUGUCCCAGGAGCAGGUCUGCAGCGAACCACCAGCCGCACCCACAUACCCUGCUACAUGAAGAACUUGCCGUCGCUGAGCAGAAGCACCUCCAAUUCGGCGAUACUGAUGUCGCAGACACAACGGAAGGAGGCACCGCCACCUGUGGCACCUCCUCUGGCCAAGCAGCAACCUCCUGCUCCUGGGCCUGCUGUGGCCAAAAGCUCUAGCAGCUCCUGUGUGCCCUCGCCACGCUGUGCGGCUGCCUUCUUUCGACGCCCCCAAGAGGCAGCCUCCACUCAGCAACAGGUGGAGAUGUCCUCGGCAGGCGGCGAUGAUUCGGCAUCGCUGGAACGCAAGUCGGAGAAGAGCAAUAGUACGAUCAGUACGAGCAGCUUUACGGUCACUAAUUGCUGCACCACACAUCUGCCGCAGCUCUCGAAGUUCACCUCCUCGUUCCACAUUGCCCCAUCGACGACGACAAAUGCCACUUCAACAACAACAACAUCACAGCAACAGCAGCAGCAACAGCAACAACAAAGUGAACAACCGCAACAAAGUACCCCAGCAGCAGCAGGGACAGGGGCAUCGUCAUCUUCUUCGAUGGCUGCCAACAUCAUCUCGGAGAUGCCAACAGCAACAACAACAACAACAACAGCGGCGGCAACGUCAGCCACAAAGCGCCAGAAAGAUGUCGAGAACAAGCUAGAGAAAUGCCUGAACGACAUGCUAAAGUUGAAGAGCAGCAGCAGCAGCAUCAUGUCGCAGUCGUUGACAGCAGCAGCAGGAGGAGGAGGAGAGCAGCAGCAGCAGCAGCAGAACAAAGACCCGAAGAUCACGGGGGCAACCGUUGGCGAAGGCCCCACGAACGCCAGCAGCAGCAGCAGCAGCGGCUGUGGCGGGAACAAAUAUGGGGGCGAAUCGCAGAUACCAGUGCCAGUGCAGCUCUACGACCCGCAGAAGCCGUUGAUGCAACAACAGCAGCAGCAUCGGAACUGCUAUCCCAUUGGAAAGUCGAAUUCUACCUCACAGCUACCGAUGGGUGGCUAUCAGCGAUUGUUGCAGCAACAACAGCAACAGCAGCAACAACAGCAGCAGCAAUAUCCACAGCAUAAACGUCCCUUCCUGAAUUGGAACACUUUUGCCUGUUCGGCCAUGAAUGGAUCCAGUGAUCCCUUCAUGCAGCAUCAACAACAACAACAUAUGUACCCGCAACAACAACAUCUCCCCCACAAGCUGCAGCAAUCGUACUCAUCCUCGCAUGUGGCAGCGGCAUCUAAGCAGACGCCCAAGUCCGGCCUGGCUCUCUUUCUGCAGAAGAAUACCAACAAGGAGAAUAAAUUUGGGCAACAGCAACAGCCGUCGCUCCAGCCACCUCCCGGCAUGAUGCCCCAAAUGUAUGGAGCCUACCAGGCGCCACAGCUGCAACCACAACCUGCCUCCAAAAUAAGUUAUCCUCGCUCUGGGGUUGGCGGCCCCCUGGCGCACUCUGUCUCGUUCAGUUCUGCCCAGCGACCCACGGCCAUGCAGCACCAACAGCAGUUCCUCCAUCAGCAGCAACACCAGCAGCAGCAGCAUCCGCCACAUUCCAACUUUGGGCUGGGGAUGAUGAGUCGCAAUUACUAUAAUCUUCCCAAGCAGCAGCAGCAGCAGCAGGAACGCAAGCCGCUGCAGACCUUUGAUCCGUAUGCCUAUCCCAAGCCAAAUCAGAUGCAGUCGUCGGUCAAGUACCAGCAACAGCAGCAGCAGCAGCAGACAACGCAUCCGCAUACGCAACAGCAGCAGCAGCAGCAACAAUUUCUGAAUGCUUCCGUUGGGGUAGGAGCAGCGACAGGAGGGGGCGCCGUCGCUGGGCUUCAAUAUGAUCCAAAUACAAAUACGCAAUUGUAUUACGCGUCACCGUCGUCGUCGUCAACGGCUGGGAUGCAACCGCAACAACAGCCACCGCAACAGCAGCAACAACAACAGUUGCAACAAAGCAAUUCUGUCAUAUUCAAUCACUCAAAUCAACAACAACUGCAACCACAUCAUCUACAGCAGCAACAACAACAACAGGCACCACAAUUACACCAACAACAACAACAGCAACAACAAAAUGAAAUGUCCAAAUCCGCAUUGGGAUUGCACUUUAUCGAGACAGCCAAGCCCGUCAUCCAAGAUGAUGCUGAUGGUCACUUAAUUUACCACACCGGAGACAUUCUCCACCACAGAUAUAAGAUCAUGGCCACACUCGGCGAGGGCACUUUCGGACGUGUGGUCAAGGUCAAAGACAUGGAGCGUGAUUACUGCAUGGCCUUAAAGAUUAUCAAGAAUGUGGAAAAGUAUCGCGAAGCUGCCAAGCUGGAGAUCAACGCCUUGGAGAAGAUUGCACAAAAGGAUCCGCAUUGUGAUCACUUGUGCGUGAAAAUGGUUGACUGGUUUGAUUACCAUGGACAUAUGUGCAUAGUUUUUGAGAUGUUGGGUCUAAGUGUUUUCGAUUUUUUGCGAGAGAACAACUAUGAGCCAUACCCGCUGGACCAAGUGCGCCACAUGGCCUAUCAAUUAUGCUAUUCUGUGAAAUUUUUACAUGACAAUCGUUUAACGCACACAGAUCUCAAACCGGAGAACAUACUGUUUGUCGACUCGGAUUACUCGGCUCACUAUAACCAUAAGAUUAACCGGGAGGUUCGACGUGUCAAGAACACGGACGUUCGUCUGAUUGACUUCGGUUCGGCCACCUUCGAUCAUGAGCACCACAGCACAAUUGUCUCGACGCGACACUAUCGCGCGCCCGAGGUCAUACUGGAGCUGGGCUGGUCACAGCCAUGCGAUGUCUGGUCCAUUGGCUGCAUCUUGUUUGAGCUAUAUCUGGGAAUCACACUCUUCCAAACGCACGACAAUCGCGAGCAUCUGGCCAUGAUGGAGCGCAUCUUGGGACAAAUACCAUAUCGCAUGGCACGCAACCAUACUCUUUAUAGCAAAACCAAAACAAAGUACUUCUACCACGGUAAGUUGGAUUGGGAUGAGAAGUCCAGUGCGGGACGCUAUGUGCGCGACCACUGCAAGCCGUUGUUCCUGUGCCAACUGAGCGACAGCGAGGACCACUGCGAGCUGUUUGGCUUGAUCAAGAAGAUGCUGGAGUAUGAGCCAUCAUCCCGCAUCACGUUAGGUGAGGCCCUACGCCAUCCCUUCUUUGACCGGCUGCCACCGCAUCAGCGGGUUGGUGAAAUGAGCAGCAAGCAGCCCCUCUCGUCGGGCAGCAGCAGCCGCGAGCGAUCGCACAGUCUGUCCAGAUGAGAAUUACAGCGAUUUGGUUAUUGUUGACAGGCAACGUUAAUCAAGCGUCCAAUCAUGCAAACUUACACAAAAGCAACAACACAACGCGACAACAGACGUCCAGGGACGGGUACGUCCUGGAGCAGCAGAAGCGGAGAGCAAGCGCAGCGACCACAACGGCGAACCCUAUUUUAAGUGCUAAAAGUCUUUUACUUUUUAGUUUUGUUAACUUGACUUGUAUAGAGUUGUUUCUUAUACAAAAAUCCUACAUUGUUUUCUCAUAUACAUAUAUACUAUACCACUUUACCAUGCGCAUGUUGCUGCGCAUCAUUCAGAGCUGUGUAGCGCCACGAUUGCGCCUGUGCAUUGUAUCAUACCCGCCUAUAGUGUUUGUUUUGUUAUAAUAACCAAAUCGUGUAUAAUAUUGAUAGUGCGGUGCGUUCCCCCACAAACCCCGACACCGACACUGAUUGAAUGAACCAACCAACCUAAUUGUAAAUGUCAUUGAAAUGUGAGCACCUCGAGAUGGAUGCAAAAAACCGACUGCAAUGAUGAAACGCAGAUACAAUUGUAAAUGUAAAAAAUAAGAAGUCAGUCGCUAAUUGAAAUCGCGCUAGUUGAAAUGCAUAUGCAUAUGCAACCCCAUCAGCAGCACCCACCCUGUCAUUGCAAUGGGAUCUCGACUAAGUUGUAAUUAAUUAAUACAAAAUGUACACCAUUUACCAUUUCGAGAGCGUGAUCUGUAAGCUAAUGCAAGCCAUUAUAUCACUCGUACCCCACUCGUAACCACACUCCACUCAUGUACCGAUGUACAUAUGUAAGUGUAAAGAGCAAUUGUUAUGCCGCCCCGCCCCGCCCCGUAUGCAUCUAUAGCGUUUUGCGUUCGCAGCGCAUUUUGUGUAAAUUCGGUAGCAGCCCAGAGUCAUUUCUCUUAGAUUACGAGAUGUUUUCAGAUGUGUAGAAUUAUCGCGCCAAUCCGUUUUGUUCGUUUUCGUUCGUACUGUCGAAUAUCGAAAACUAAACACACAUUUAUCCAUUACAUGCUAUAAUACCGUAUGGACCCUAGAGAAAGUAUAUGUAUACCCAUAUACUAAACAUACUUAAUUCAAAUGAUUGUGAGUUAGUUUAAUAUUACAUAAAUAUUAAUUAUAAAUUACAUUAUUUGCAAUUUAACCAGAUCACAAGCCUAUAAGAUAUAAAAAAACCAAUAUUGUCAAGUUACUGCAAAUUGAAAUAAAUCUUUAAAAAA